AUGCUUCGCCGGAGCAGCAGCGCCGCCGCUAGGGAGCGCAGAGCACUCGCCCCGCCAGCGGCCAUGCAGCCGGCUUCGCACACUGUCAACAUGCCCCCCCACGAGCCCAGGCAGCUGUACGGGCCCGCCCCUUUUUAUCCCCACGUGGUAGGCGGCGUCAUCCAGCCGCCCAGGGACUACGUCGUGUGGUCGCUGUUCAAUUUCACCGCGUGCAACUGCUGCUUUGUCGGCUUCAUCGCCCUCAUCUUCUCCAUCAAGGCAAGAGACUGUAAAGUUAUUGGAGAUCCUGAAGGUGCAGCCAGGUACGGCAGGACAGCUAGGCUGCUGAAUAUUGCUGCGUUCAUGCUGAGUGUCAUCAUCUUCCUUGGAGUCAUCACUGGGAUUGCCUCUAGUAGACAUCUCAUCAAUACCAAACUCCGCGAUCUGAUAAGGAAUGAAGAUGAACUGGAUGAACGUGGGAGAUAA